CGCCGCGGCGGAACAUGCGGCUACGUCCUGUUUGGAUUGUACAUAGUUCCUCUUCUCUUUUUUUUCUUCUCUUCUCUUUUUCUCCUGAUUUGGGAGGCGGCAUGGCACGAUUAGACUGGGUCGGGGCAUCUCAUUCUCGGACUCAUAAAACCUGCAUGAGCUUCCACCCACCACCACUCACGAUCACGAAACACGAAAACCACUCGAUCAGAGAGACACCUACGACCCGUCGGAAAGCAACGACCAGCUUCGUUUACAUAUUCGCAAACUUUGGCCUGUACCAUACCCCCGUCGGAUCUCGCUGGUCUUUUGUUUGAAUUCUUUUUUUCUUUUUUCCUCCUCUCGGCCUUCUUGACGAUAGGCAUUUUUUCUCCCCCAGCUGGUGAACACAUGCUGUCUGAAGGCGACCGGACGAGAGAGACGAUGGGUCCAACCAUGGGGAGAUAUCAACAAAAAAAAUAACCGACUUCAUCAACAGCAGAGGGCGGCAUUUGGUUCUAGGACGAAACGCCGUCGACUGCUAGCACGGGCGCAACCCGACUCAAUCUUAUCAUGCCAACUUGCUUCUUUUCUAACGACGGCGUUUGGGGUCAACAAGCGGCUGAGCGGUAUCAGCCCCGGGGCGGCGUUCGCAUGGGAGACGGCCACAACUGAUUUAUUGGUGGACAAAAGGGGAGUUGGGCCCUAGCGGUCGGGGGCGGCGAUACUACCUACGGACGAGGCCGUCAAUGCUUUCGCAUGAGGGCGGUCCGGUUGGUAGCUCAUCUCUGGUUUGAGCGCCGCGGUGUGUUUUGAGUAUUAAUCAAUCAAUCGCGGAGACGACUGAUGUUGGGAUAUGACACGGAGGGCGGCGAGGUGGCUGGCAUCCAAUGGCGUCUGUCGGGGCAUGAUGAUUCUGAUGCAUCAUGCGUUUUCUUUGGCAGGGGGGGGGAGAUUUGGUUGGAAGGCCCCUACUCCGUCCGGGACAGGAGGAGGAAACGGGCGUUGUCGUCGUCUUCGAUCGACAACAAGCCAAGAUAUUGCUUCUUGGUACCCGAGCACACACUCAAACGGAGGUUUCGACAUGAUCCGUCUACGCAUUCUACGCCUACGCCCUGCCCUCCCUCUCUCGAGGGCGCAGGCUCGACGAACGACCGCAGAAAUACCCGAGUAUCAUUAUGCCUGUUGGCUCUCCUGGGCCGCGCUGGCCAGCUUCUUCCGAGUACUCCGGGUCACCUGCGAGGGUGACGCAAAGGUGCCGAAAAGGGUGCUGGCGCAGUCUCUUUUGGAGGAGAGCAAGCGGCCAUUUCGGCACUCACAUCAACAAGAAAAUAACGCAAAAAACCAUUUUGGGAGGAGAUCACUAGAUGAGAUGUCUGGCUUUUGAGCUGGUUCGGUACUUGGAUCUGGCAGUGGGCUUACGGGCCCUAGCCAUGCACCGGAACUGGUGGGCUAGAUAGCUGUCUGAGCAAACGGCGUGGCAAGCGUGCCACGAUUCUCCCCCACUAUCGUUCCUAUGCUGCGAUUCAUCAAUGUGGUUUGGUAUGAACAGGCCGGUCGCGUGGUCUGGCGAUGCUGCUUCGGUGACAU